AUGCGUCUUAUCAAUCUUCUAUUUAAAUGUUUUGCUCGAAUUGAAGACAAAGAUAGCGAUAAUUUAAACCAAUCUGUAGAAGCAAUUCUAAAGAAAGGCGACAAAGAAUCAAGUUUCUGUGAAAAUAAUGACAAAACUGCUAUUUCUGACAGCAAAUUAGAUAUUUCAAAAAUAAAAGACAGUGAUGAAAAGUCAGAACCAAAAAUUUCCUACAAAAUCCUUCUGUUUAAUCUUGAAGAAUCCCCUGAUCCUAUUAUUCUUUUUGAAAGAAAAGAAAAGGGCCAGCCAAAAACGAUAAAAAAAAGUAAGAAAAAGGUCGGCAAAAGUAAAGAAAAUAAAAAGAAAUCAAGGAAAGGAAUGAGAAAAACAAAGAAAGAAAAUACAAUUCUAAUGCAAUUAUAA